CGUUACCAUUUUUAAUUAAUUUACGAUAUGACUAAAGUCUCACUCUUCGGUGUUAUUUAAUAAAAAGCAAUUGUUCGUUAACUUCUCUAACGUCUAAGAAAUGCAUAAACAGCUUGUGUCAUUCUUAUUAGUUUUGGCCAGUUGGCAGACAGCAUUCGGCUUAUAUUUUCACAUAGCUGAGACGAAGCGCAAAUGUUUUAUCGAAGAAGUGCCCGAUGAGACGACAGUUAUUGUUAAUUACAAAGUGGAAUUAUAUGAUCCCCGUUCAAAUGGUUUUAUGCCCUCAUCACCGGGCAUCGGCAUGCACGUUCAAGUUAGGGACAGCGAUGAUAAAAUAAUAUUAUCGCGAGUCUACAGCUCGGAGGGACGUAUUUCUUUUACGUCUCAUACCCCCGGCGAGCAUGUAAUUUGCAUGUAUUCGAAUAGUACAGCAUGGUUUAGUGGCGCCCAGUUGCGUGUUCAUUUAGAUAUACAAGUUGGUGAACAUGCUAUCGAUUAUGCCAGUGUGGCGCAAAAGGAAAAACUUACCGAGUUACAAUUACGUAUUCGCCAAUUGCUUGACCAAGUCGAACAAAUAACAAAAGAACAAAACUAUCAACGCUAUCGGGAGGAGAGAUUCCGUCAUACCAGUGAAAGUACUAAUUCACGAGUACUUUGGUGGUCUUUGGCUCAAACUAUCGUACUAGUAUGUAUGGGCUUUUGGCAAAUGCGACAUUUGAAGAGUUUCUUUGAGGCGAAAAAGUUGGUGUAAACAACGGAAAUGUCAAUGUUUUUUUUUUUUUUUCUUACAUAUGAAUAUAACCCCGGAGAGGGGCCACGGAAUCUACCAUAUACGUCAUAAGCGAUUUACCUGUUCAUUAGAUGUCAUCUUAAAUUUUAUGAGAAAGAUAUUUUGAAAACCCUAUAGCGCAGAAAAGAA